ACAUAGGUGAUAUUGCAAAAAGGAAAUAGCCUGUAAGCCUACAGAAAAUUAUGAGCAGCAUUAUUUUAUGAUUGUAAACUUAAAAGUCCCUAGGAACACUGGGAAAGAUGACGAGUUUCAACAGAAGAAUCUGGCUAUGUGGCUGGAUAUAAGACAAACAUACACAGUCAAUCGUUUUUUCUCCUUGCUGGUAAGAACUUACUACACUUUGAUGAAAAAGGAAGCACUCUACUUUACAUCCAUGGUGAAAACCGCCAUGGAGUGAAAUCGGCAAGCAACGUGCAGGACUUAGGGGAAGUCAAUGAUAACAUCAUCCUGAAGAACAGAAAGCGAUUCUAAAACACAGACUCUCACGCCAUGUUCUUGGUUGGAAGACAUAACAGCGAAGUAAACAUCAGCUUCAAAUUUUAUUUUUCAGAAACGAUGCCUUACUUUCCAGAAAUAAAAGAUGGCAAGUGUUUCUUUCCGUUCCGCUAUAAGGACAGCCUGUUCUACGACUGUGUCAAGUUCAAGGCCAAGCACAAGUGGUGCUCCUUGACGGAGAACUUUGAAGGCUACUGGAAGUACUGCUCCGAGAAAGACUUCGCAAAAUGCGUGUUUCCCUUCUGGUUCAGACGCACCAUCUACUGGGGAUGUACCGACGACUCGGAAGCAUUUGGGAAAAGAUGGUGCUCACUGACCCAGAAUUUCAACAUAGAGAAGGUCUGGAGGUAUUGCGAUGACAUGUACUUGCCUCAACCCUGAAGGGGCGCCCGGAACCUCAGGGGAGCGAACCUACAGUGUUUUCUGGGGAAGGGAGGGGAGGUAGGACGCUGCCUGAGAUGAGA